AUGGAAACAAUCAAAAUCCCAUCACCGUCCACGAUUUUAGACUCGCCCGACACCCCGGCCGGGAAGCCUGCCUCGCCCCGAAAGGCGAAGCAGUCGACCCAAAAGCCCAAACAGACCAAGAGUCGCAAUGGUUGCAUUACCUGCAAGGCGAAGCGCCUGAAGUGCGACGAGACAAAGCCGUCAUGCGACCAGUGCGAGCGCCGUAAGGUGACCUGUGGAGGAUACAAAAAGGAUUUUAAAUGGCGGCCGUUUGAGGAGACCAACCUGUCCGUUGGUCGGCCUCCCGCGAAGACAAAAAAGGGUGCGCUAUUCCACAGAGCUAUGUUCACAUAUACCCUUCCAAGUUCUUCCGCUAACUUCUUAUCCACAGCAACACCAUCGCAACCGUCUCAGAAGCCUCAAUCACGGCUCCCUGCCAACUCGGAGAACUUUCCAACACCGCCAAGGACAGAGGAAUCGACCCCGCCCACACUAUUACAGGCCAACUCGAAUGCAACUCCUCCCGAAAUCGCCUUUCACAACUCUCCUGAUAGUUUUAAAAGCUAUCUCUCUAUCGAUGACAACUCUCUUGAUGACUUUAAACUGCUGGAAGAGCCAUCCACCAGCGCCGAGUCGACCACUCCCCUGGGCGUGACGGUCCCUGUCGACUCCGACCCUCUGAACUUCUUGUCCUUUCUCGAGCCUUUUCAACAUUCUGUGCCAUUCACAGAUGAUUUGAUGCCCGAUCAAGAAGACCUGGAUGACAACUCUGGCUCAAUAUUCUUUGGCCCACAGGAAUUUCAACCUCCCAAUGGCCCGGGGCUUAGUUUCUCCCAGUUGCUUGAGGAUGAAAACGGCGACAUCGAAGAGAUUAUACGGCAGUCAGACCCCAGUAAUGGCCCGUGGAAUCUGAGCUUCUCUGGGGAAGAUGGUGACGCAUUUGACUUUUCCCGGAUUCCAGAACAGCCCAAUCUGGCCCCUGAGAGUCGGGAGAUGUUGGCCAUGCGUUUUGAUAAAAUGACCUGCGGGAUACUUUCCAUCAAGGAUGGCGCAACUGAGAAUCCUUGGCGCACCCUCAUAUGGCCACUUGCUAAAAGCACCCCUGCAUUAUAUCAUGCGCUGUUUGCUCUAUCGGCAUUUCACUAUGCUAAGGAGAAUCCAGCACUACGAGUGCAAGGUGUCAAGCAUAUGCGCCAGAGCAUCACAUGUUUAAGACAGCAAAUCCAGAGCAUGCGAGCUGACACUGCUUUGGCAACUAGCCUCGCGCUUGCAUUCGCAGAUACUUGGGAUCAGAAUACACGCACUUGCAUUCAGCAUCUACGAGGUGCCAAGGCACUGAUGAUGCAGCUUCUCAAUGCAGGACUCCAGGGUGGUCUUCAACCCGAGGAGCUCGACCGUAUUCGUUUCUUGUACAAUACGUGGACAUACAUGGACGUCAUUGCGCGGCUUACCUCACUGGAUGAAUCCAGUCCCCAAGAUCUGAAUCCAGCCAUUUUCCAACUCCCCGGCGACGCAAUUCACGAGAUUGACCCCUUAAUGGGUUGCGCAUCAACGCUUUUUCCUUUGAUCGGUCGAGUAGCUCGACUAGUCCAGCGCGUGCGAAAAACUUCGACCAACUCUGUUUCCAUUGUCGCGCAGGCGAUGGAACUGAAGAGCCUCAUCGAGCAGUGGGAACCACCAAUUUGGUUCGAACCGCCCGAGGAUCCUACUUCCGAGGUCCAGCACAGUAUUCAAGUUGCGCACGCCUAUCGCUGGGCAACCCUCCUGUACCUUCAUCAGGCUGUACCAGAGAUGCCUUCCGAGCCUGCGGAAGAAGUUGCCAAGCGUGUUUUAAUUCUUCUCGCAACCGUGCCAUAUACCUCGCGAACCAUCAUUAUUCAAAUGUUCCCCCUCCUUGCCGCUGGGGCCGAGGUCGACAUGGAAGAUGACCGUAAAUGGGUUCUUGAUCGGUGGAACACUGUUCAGUCUCGACUUAUGCUUGGUGGGGUUGACAGAUGCCUCGACGUGUUGCAAGAGGUCUGGUCUCGGCGAGAUGCUCUGAAGGCCGAGAGAAAACAGCAGGGUGUUAAUUGGAACAACGCAAAGCAUGGCUCUUUCUCCAGGGAUAGCAAGGGAUCAUCUGCAUUGCGUGGGGGUGAAAAUACUUCGCGGGGAUUCCAUGUUCGAGCGGGGUCUGGUGAUCUCGACAGAUCGACCCAGCCACGGGAUAGUUGUUCCACGGCGGCUUCGAAGAGGAGAGGGUCUGCGCUCUCGUCAUUGGAUAAUAUCGAGUUUGAGAGGACGGUGCGGAGUAGAUUGCACUGGGUGAAUGUUAUGGGUGAAUGGGGAUGGGAAAGUAUGCAGCUCCAUCACGCAUUUCGUUUACACGGCCUGAGCUGA